CAAAUGAGUAAAUCUUACGGAGUAUUUACUAAAUUUACUUCAAAUAUUUAUUUUAAAUAUAACAUAGUAGAUUUGCUGACAUGGGAGUGAGGCAAAUUAUUCUAUGAAAUUUAUUGAAGUGAAAUAAAUAUUUUCUUCUACUGAGAUAAAUAUGUUUUUUUUAUUUUUGAAAAACAAAUUAAUGUGAGAAGAUAAGAAAGUGACUUUACUAUAACACGAGAGAGUAAAAGGCUCGGCUUUGGGUUGGAGCCGGGGAAGUCCGUCGACGGCAACUGCGGCGGCAAUAUUAUAUGGAUCGGAAAGCAAAACAAACUCCGCAAGCCCAAACGGCUCGGAUUCUGGUAGAAUUUCUGGAAGUGGCCAUCAACUCCGUUAUCUUCCUCAAAGGGGUCUACCCGAUCGGGGCAUUUGAGAGGCUGCGCUACAUGAAUGUCGUGGUUCAUAGAUCUCGCCAUCCCGAUCUCAGACAUUAUAUUCACUCCUCUGUUAAUGGACUCCUCCCUUUUAUCCAAAAGGGGGAAGUGGAGAGAGUUGCAGUUAUUUUCUUUGAUGACAACAAUGUUCCAUUUGAGAGGUUUGUUUUCAAGAUAGAUGUGAACCAGUCUUAUGGCUCGAGUGUGGAAGAAGCUGACAUGGAGCUUUCACUUAGGUCUUUCUUGAUCAAGCUUCCCAAUUCGCAAUCUCUUACCCACAAUCUUCCUCCCGAUUGCAGGUGGGAAAUAACAGGCUACUUUCGGUCUCUCCCGGAGGGCAGCAAUGCAAGUGUAUGGGUUCCCACAGGCACCAAACAGUGGCAGCAACCUCCUGUGAUUAUGCCUAUCAAGUCAAUGAGGAGUGAACCCCUUGGGGUUCAGCUCUAUCUCGAACAUCCCAACCAACAACAACAAGAGCUACAACAACAAACUCAGUAAAAACCCACAAAAAAAUGUUGGUUUUGGAGAUCGUAUGUAUAUGCAGAUCUUACCCUUGCUCGGAAAUCAUCCAAUUUGCAGAAAAUUCAAUACUUUCAGUGUUGAGGCAUUUCUAGUGGGCAGUUGAUGCAAGAAGAUGUUGUCUGGGAAUGCUUUGAAGCUUAGAUUUUUAGAAGCUCAACGAAACAAGUUGUAUAAAAUCUAAAAAAAGUGUAAAGUUUAUCUCAAUGUAAAUUCUUUGAUGAACCAUUUAGAGGUUUAGAUCUUGUUUG